AUGGCGCGAAAUGGCCACCCCUUGCAAAGACUGGCCUCACCCUCCAGGUCCGUCUCUGCACUCAUCCAUCUGCUUGGGGUAGCGUCAUUCUCGGCAUCUUUCAGGUGGCUCUUCCUCUACCCCAGCCCCGAGAAUGAAAAGUUCGGAGGGGUGUUUCAAUUCUUGACCAUCAUUGGGUUGGCGCUCUCGUUGACAAGUAUGGUCCUGGGUCUCCUCGGGGACCUGACCUUGAGCCCUACGCUGUUCAAUGCAAAGAACGUGGUUUCGGUGUGCUCCACCCCUCUGGAGGUCCUCGUCAGCAUUCUCUACUGGGGCAUCACUCUCAUCGACAAGCGUCUCCUGGCCCCCGAGGAGUACCAGCUUCCUUUCUGGCCGGAUUUUGGCUUUCACGCAAUGCCAGCAAUAAUGUUGACCUUGGACCUGCUGCUUCUCAGCCCGCCCUGGACCAUCAAGUUCCAGGGUGCAGUGGCUCUCAGCACCUUUUUGGCGUUUGCCUACUGGGCAUGGAUCGAAUACACCUUCUCUUACAACCAGACUUACCCGUACCCCAUCUUUACCCUUCUCAGCACGCCUCAAAGGAUAGCACUCUUCACAUUCUCCGGGCUCACUUGUGCAAUCAGUACCAUGGGACUGAAAUGGUUGUACGGCAAGAUCAACGGAAUCGAGGAGUUCAAAAGGCAAGCUGCGAACCCGGUCAAGGUGGACUGA